AUGGGGAGCGGCGCUGGGGAGAAGGGCCGGACUGAGAGGCGGCCGGUGCUCUUUCCCUUCCUGCUGUCUUUGUUCGGCCUGGCGCUCUCUGAGCAGAUCCGCUACAGGAUUCCCGAGGAAAUGCCCAAGGGCUCGGCAGUGGGGAACCUCGCCAAGGACCUGGGGUUCAGUGUCCAGGAGUUACCGACUCGAAAGCUGCGCAUCAGUUCGGAGAAGCCUUACUUCACUGUGAGCGCAGAGAGCGGGGAGUUGCUCGUGGGCGGCAGGCUAGACAGGGAGCAGAUAUGCGGGAAGAAUCCAGCUUGUGCUCUGGAAUUUGAGGUUGUUGCUGAAAACCCACUGAACUUUUAUCACGUGAAUGUGGAGAUAGAGGACGUUAAUGACCACACGCCAAAAUUCACCCAAAAUUCCUUUGAACUGCAAAUAAGCGAGUCCACAAAGCCUGGGGCACGAUUUAUCUUAGGAUCUGCCCAUGAUGCAGAUGUUGGUACCAACGCACUACAGAAUUACCAGCUCAGUCCCAACGAUCAUUUCUCACUCGUGAAUAAAGAGAAAUCGGAUGGCAGUAAAUACCCUGAGCUGGUACUGAAGACACCUUUAGACCGAGAAAAACAGAAAUCCUACCACUUGACCUUGACUGCCUUGGACUUUGGCGAUCCACCCCUAAGCAGCAUUGCAAAGAUACAGGUCGUAGUGACUGAUGCCAAUGAUAACCCUCCAGUGUUCAGCCAAGACACAUACAGGGUAAGCCUUCUGGAAAGCGUGUACCCGGGGACCACCGUGCUUCAGGUAACAGCCACCGACCAGGAUGAGGGCGUCAACGCUGAGAUCAGCUUCUCUUUCAGUGAAGCUAGCCAGAUCCCCCAGUUUGACCUAAAUUCUAAUACUGGGGAAAUUACCAUUCUAAAUUCGUUAGAUUUUGAAGAAAUCAAAGAAUAUUCCAUAGUUCUAGAAGCAAGGGAUGGUGGAGGAAUGAUUGCACAGUGCACAGUGGAGAUAGAAGUCCUAGAUGAAAAUGACAACGUCCCAGAAGUGAUAUUCCAGUCUCUACCUGACCUAAUUAUGGAGGACACUGAGCUGGGAACACACAUUGCUUUGUUCAAAAUCCGGGACAAAGAUUCCGGACACAAUGGAGAAGUUACUUGUAAAUUGGAAGGUGAUGUUCCGUUUAAAAUACUCACUUCUUCAAGAAACACGUAUAAAUUAGUGACGGGUGGAGUUCUAGACCGCGAGCAGAACCCGGAGUACAAUGUCACCAUUACAGCCACCGACCUGGGCAAGCCUCCCCUCUCUACCAGCUCAAGCGUCACUCUGCACGUCGGUGAUGUAAAUGACAACGCUCCGGUUUUCCACCAAGCGUCCUACGUGGUUCACGUGGCCGAGAACAACCCGCCUGGAGUCUCCAUCGCCCAGAUUAGCGCCUCCGACCCAGACCUGGGUCCCAACGGCAGCGUCUCCUACGCAAUCGUGGCCAGUGACCUGGAGCCGCGGGUGCUGUCGUCCUACGUGUCCGUGAGCGCACAGAGCGGGGUGGUGUUCGCGCAGCGCGCCUUCGACCACGAGCAGCUGCGCGCCUUCGAGCUGACGCUGCAGGCCCGCGACCAGGGCUCGCCCGCGCUCAGCGCCAACGUGAGCCUGCGCGUGCUGGUGGGCGACCGCAACGACAACGCGCCGCGGGUGCUGUACCCGGCGCUGGGGCCCGACGGCUCGGCGCUCUUUGACACGGUGCCGCGCGCGGCGGAGCCCGGCUACCUGGUCACCAAGGUGGUGGCAGUGGACGCAGACUCGGGACACAACGCCUGGCUGUCCUACCACGUGCUGCAGGCCAGCGAGCCCGGGCUCUUCAGCCUGGGACUGCGCACUGGCGAGGUGCGCACGGCUCGCGCCUUGGGCGACCGGGACGCGGCCCGACAGCGCCUGCUGGUCGCUGUGCGCGAUGGUGGACAGCCACCUCUCUCGGCCACCGCCACGCUGCACCUGGUCUUCGCGGACAGCAUGCAGGAGGUACUGCCAGAGCUCAGUGAUCUCCCUGUGCCCUCUGACCCCCAGGCCGAGCUGCAGUUUUACCUGGUGGUGGCCUUGGCCUUGAUCUCCGUGCUCUUCCUCCUCGCGGUGAUUCUGGCCAUCGCCCUGCGCCUGAGACACUCCUCCAGCCCCGCCGCCUGGGGCUGCUUUCAGCCUGGGCUCUGUGUGAAAUCUGGACCCGUGGUUCCCCCCAACUACAGCGAGGGCACUUUACCUUAUUCCUACAAUCUGUGCGUUGCGCAAACAGGAAAGACGGAGUUUAAUUUCCUACAAUGUAGUGAGCAGCUGAGUUCAGGACAAGACCUACUUUGUGGUGAUGCUUCUGGGGUCAUGUUUCCACUUUGUAAUUCCAGUGAGUUGACCUCCCAUCAGGUGAGUUUUCUUUAA